AUGUCAUUUAAGUUGAAUGAUUACAAUGCCUUUUUGACUUCAUUAUAUGAGAAGAAGCCUACCAUAAAAAGAGAACAACAAUCGUCAGACGAGUUUCCAGUGGAUUUUGAUUUUGGUUUGGCAAUGUCUACCGAAAAUAAGCCAACCAGAUUUGAUAAUAUCAACACAGAGUUUAUUGCAGAAACGGGCGCUUCUAAUAUAAUGAACAAUUCGUACAUCCAGGGAUGGGGUGGGCUGCAACGGCCAGAGUCACAGAUAAUACUGCCAAAUGAUGACCUAUCAUUAUCAGGACCUCAUAAUCAAACCCAAGAGAAAUCAAAUGAACCGCAAAGCUCCGGACCGGGUUUUGUCCAAGCAUACUCUUGUUCUCAAUUCAGUCCACUCGAUUUUAACAUAGAAAAUAAGAAAAUCAAUGCUUCUCUAGAAGAAGCGCAAUCCAGACCGAGGACAAAAUCAGCUCAUAAUGUCAUAGAACAGAGAUACCGGAACAAAAUUAAUGACAAGUUCACUGUUUUAGAGAAUACAGUUCCAACUCUUAGGGUCGCGAAAAGGAGACUUAAAGGAGCGGUUUCUCCAGAUUUUAAACAUUACGACGAAGAAGAGCCUAUUGAUGAUUACAGUGGUUCAGAAGAUGAAGAUCUAGAGGGCUUAGAACCAGCCAAAAAAUUGAAUAAAGGAACUAUUCUCACAAAAUCCAUCGAAUAUAUCAAGUUUUUGGAAAUGAAAAAUAAUAGCAUGCACAAUGAAAACGAACAAUUAAUUUUGAAAGCAAGAUUGCUAGGUAUAUCUGUUGAUGAGGCCUUACGAUACAAAUAA